AUGUCGCAUUGUGGAGAUGCUACUAAAGGUGAGAGAGACCUCGCCACAAGUGGAGCUACAAAAGGACUUGGAGAUGCUAGAUACCCAAGUGCAUUCUCAAUGUUGUCCAAGGCCAACUAUCCAUUGUGGGCAAUCCAGAUGCAACUCCACUUGGAGGCUCAUAGUCUACGGGAAGCUAUUGAGUCAGAGAUAAUAACAAGAAAGAAGGAUCAACAAGCCCUGUCCAUGAUGCUCAGAGUGGUGUUUGAAGACAUCCAAUCACAUCUCGACAUCACCAAAAUGACAAAAAAAACGUGGGAACUCCUCAAGUCAACAAAUGUGGCAGUUGCUUGCCUCACAAAAUCAAGAAUUCAAAGUUUCAUACAAGAUUUUGAGAUGUUGCGAAUGGGAGAUGAAGAGACUGUAUUUGAUUUCUCUAGAAAAUUAUCUCGAGUAGUUACUCAAAUUAGAAAUUUGGGAUAAAAGAUGGAAGAAAGCACUAUUGUUGUGAAACUUCUUUAGGCAACUCCUGCAAGGUUUAACCCCAUCAUUAUCUCUCUUCAGCAAUUUGGUGAUAUAGAUUCAAUGCCCUUUGAAGAAGUAGUGGGAUCACUAAAAAUCUAUGAAGAGAAGCUCAAGACUCAUUAGUAGAGAAAAGAAGAACAAGUCCUAUUUUCACAUGGUACUGAGAAAACAAGAGGAGAAGGCUCUUGAGGUAGAGGACGUGGUUGAGGUAGAAGAUGCAGCUAAGGUAGAGGAAGAUGCAAUAAUAAAAGUGCUGAUGAGAAUUGAAAACCUUGAGACAAAUCCAAGGUAA